CUCUGCAGGCAAGGGGACGUACGUACGUUCGUCGAUCUUCAUCUCAAAAUGAGUGACGCAGUAGAUCAAGCUCUAAGCAAGCUGCUAGAAGAAUAUCCACUGUCUAGUUGUUCAUCAAACGGAGGUGUCUGCACCUCCUGCGGCCUCGAAAUUCUUAUUAACGAAGGUAUAUCAGCGCCUGUUCGCGAGGGAGCUCCUAUAAUAUUGCCCGGAGAUCAUGACGACACAAAUGAUCAAGAUGAUGUUGUCCAGGAGCGCAGAGACAGUGACUUGAUUAGCCCCUUGGAAAAUGUGGUCAAAAUCACUACUGCUGGUGAUCAUGAGAAUCGCAAGAUCAGCAACGUCUCGAAUGUUGCUGAUCAAGAAUCAGGGUUGAUUGGAGCAAUUGUAGCUAAGGUGCUUGGUGGUGUGAGAUACAUUGGCCAGGUUACAGGUUAUGAGGCUGAAUUUGGACGGUUCAAGAUUAUAUAUGAAAAUAAUUACCAGGAGAGUGUGGAGAAGGAAGAACUACUUCAGAUGUUUGCCUCCCAUGACCUAGUUCGCACCUACUAUAACCGUGUAGCAACUGGCGGUAGACCAAGAAAAACUCGAAGGAGAAAGAAGGCUGCAAAGGCUGGGCAGGACAAAACCGACUAUAUUCCAGCCAAAAGAGUCCCAAGAGCCAAAAAGGAAAGCACGUACAUUCCCCUGGCAUUCCGGGAGACGAGGAAGGAUGCCUACUAUUGGUACUAGUACUACUAGUAAGGUUUGAGGAUAUUGCGAGUAAAUCAAGGAGGCAAACGAGGGAUAUUGCAGAAUACAUAAUGGAAAGUUAAUCUUCCGAUCCAUGGCUAAUGUAUCUCUUAUUUAGUCUACCUUUAUUCACUCCUCCUAUCAGCUCGAUUGUUCGUUUGAAGUAUCCAAACUAAUUAAAAAGUGUUGCAUGCAGACGUACUAAUAUAUGCCUGCAACAGAGGCAUGCAUGUUAACAUGUCGUUUAUGUUUUCUCUUUCAGGCAAACCAAAUAAAACUGAUCUGAUCUA